CUGACGCAAAACCUCAGCGACUCCUACCGAUCGUUCCAUGUGAAUGUCGUCGCAGCUGUUAUAAAAGCUCAUUUGACAAGGUGCUUGGGUGAGAUGUGGGUGCAAAUGCUUUGACUGGUUGUUGAAUACAGGAAGUGCCCUUUUCAAAAUGACCACCAGGCUGCUGUGCAGAUGGGCGCGAUUAUAUCCUCGCUGCCCUCAGACUGCCACAGCCUCAGCCAAACUACAGACCUCCACAGUCCACCAGACAGAGCCAGUGUGCCUGAUGUCCCUGUCUUGGACCCGACCUUCUGCUAGGCACCUCUAUCAGGGCAAUGAACUGGCUAAGAUGGAGGAGACGGCAUUUCCGUAUGACCAAACGCAACUAGUCCGACUUGUUGAAAAGGCAUCCACCCCAGAGGAAGUGCUUAAGUUGUGGGAAGAACAAGGCAGAUCUGCCAGCGAUGCUGCCAGGUGUCUGGUCCAGCUGAACCUGCGGGUCAUGGAGAAGGGUGGUGAAGGAAUCCUGCAGGAUCCACGCUGCGAGAGCAUGCUGGAGACUGUACAAUCUCAGGUGACCUCGGUGUGGAAUGGAUCUCUGGUGGGUCUUCUGCGUGCUCUCACUAUGUUGGGUCUCCCUUCUGAUGCCCCUCUACUCCGCUCCAUCCAGAAUGAAGUGCUCUGGAGGAUCCGGCGCCUCACAUACCGUCACCUGGCCUACCUGGUGGACUGGGUAGCCUUUCAGCGAAGACGAGGGUAUGAAAAUGAAGCGCUUACCACAGCCCUGCUGAAACAACUAGAGCUGCGCUGGACAGAGCUGUGUGACAGUCGUACCGUCAGCAUUCUCAUGGGCCGCGCUUCGCUUUUCAACCCCUCUCUCAUGGACAAACUGGAGGACAAAGCUCUGGAGAUGGCAGAGAGCUUCAGCGCAGAGGAUAUCCGGAGAGUGGCAUUUGCACUGGCCUCUCAAAACAGACGGGCCGUUCCUUUGUUACGUGCUCUCUCAUACCACCUGAACCAGAAACCCUCUUCUGAACUGAAAACACCAUUGCUGCUUGACAUUGCAUACGUGUAUGGUAAGCUGAAUUUUCAUCAGACACAAGUGCUCCAGAGAAUUGCGGCAGAGCUAUUGCCUAGGUUAUCAGAACUGAGUUCCCUCGACGUAACCCGCUGUGCCAAGUCUCUAGCCUUUCUCAAGUGGCUGCACUUGCCUCUAUUUGAAGGUUUUGCUCAGCACUAUGUGAAUAAUAGUAAAAACUACAGCACUCUGCAGGUGUGUAAUCUCCUCAUAUCUUUCGCCAAACUCAACUUCCAACUUGGUAAAGGAGAGGAGUUUUACCAAAAGGUACACAGAGCUUUGCAAGGUUCCUUUCAGAAUUUAGAGCCUUUCCUGAAGACAGACGUGGUCUGGUCGCUGUGUGUGCUGAACCAGGCCAGUCCUGAUUAUAUCUCCUCUGUUACGAAGUAUGACUUUCAUAAGAAACUUACAGGUGGCAUUGUGGAUCGGACUGAGAGCUAUCGACUGAAAUUGCUGCAUAUCUCUUCCUUUGCUCAGUUGGAGCCUCUAGGUAUCACUAUUGAAUCUCCAGCUGUGCUGCUGCUAGCUCCCCAGGGCAAAGCAGAGGUCAGCACCCCUCUGCAAAGCAGCCUACACUCAGCCCUUCAGAGCCUGACCAACAGCCGGACACAGGCUCUCCGCACUGCUGUCAAAACCAUAUACGGCUGGACAAUAGAUGGAGAAAUUGUAGUAGAUUCAGAAAAUAAACCUAUUGAUUUGGAGAACCUGAAAGCCCCUCAUUUACCUGGGGGUGGUGGACGUGAUGCCUUACCUGCAGGGGCUCGACGAAUAGCAUUUGUGGCUUGGGAGUUUCCUAACUUUUGCCUCAGGAGCAAGGAUCUUCUGGGCCGCUUUGCCAUGCAGAAACGCCACCUGCAGCUGGCUGGCUUUAUAGUGGUGGAGGGCUGGGCGAUAUGACGAUAUUCUCGUAUAUCUACGAUGUCUCGGAAGUAUUGCGAUGUCCACAGUUCGGAAACGGAGGAUUAUCGACAUUAUUGGAAGAAAAUGACAAAUGAUAAACCUACAUUGAAAAAGUAUUUUACAUAGCCCCAUAUUCAGCAUAAAGGUUUUUUUGCAUGCAAGAAUUAAAUAAUUUAGUAGGAAGGUUGGGAAUCGAAAAGCUAUUCCACAUUCAGAAAUCAGAUGCGUAAGAUCAGGAAUCAAAUGACUUGUUUUUAAAUUAAAUUACAUUUCGAUUCUGCUUCUUGAUUCCUGUAUAUGCAUUUAUUGUGAUUUCAAAAUAUUCAACCGCAAGAAGAUGAAUUACACCUCACUUCUGCCCUCGCAGGCAGUUUUCUGUGAUCCGCACGUACACACACAAACACAGCACAUGCACAGAAGCUGUCUCUUAUAAAUGCAAUCACUGGACUGAGCUCAAUUUAUUGCAUUCUUACACAUUUGAAUGGACAAAUAAACAGAAUUAUAUCAAAAUAUUCCAUAAAUACAAUUGGUUAUGUCUUAAGAACCUAAAGAGUUCAGAAAGAAAACAAGGGUAUAUCUGAUCUGUGCAUCAGCUGGUGCUCAUGUUUUUACUCUUAAUUGUGAUUCCAGUGUCCAUCUUUCCUCUGUGUUUUUAUCUGUUUAUCUGUAGUGUUCUCAUUUAAUUAAGCUCCGUUGACACAAAAAACGAUAACUAUGUUAGUGUCCACACAAAUUCCUGUUAACUUUAUUAGAAGUAUGCACUGCAGUUUGUCAUUUGCUGCUUUAACUGUUUAAUCUUUGAUGUACAUUCUAGAUGGCUUUUAUUGCUUUUGAUCAUAAACUGGAAAAAAGCAGUCCGAACUUGAUUCCAACAAUAGUGUUCCUCUUUGUCUUGAUUAUACAGUAUUUGUGGUGAUGACCUCUCUCUAUUCUCAUAGAAUUAGAAGAAUUAUUGUAACAUUAAUCAUUAUCGUUGCUUGCUGCAAUAAAGCCCUUUAGAACGAGUAUUAAAACUUUAUAGUUAUCUUGUAAAUAAGUUUUAAUGAAGUGCAAGCUCAGCAGUGUUUACUGCACAAAAGUAAGCCAAUUUUAUAAGCAUCAUUUAAUUAGGGAUAAGUUACAUGGGCAUUAGGGGUUAGAGUGUUAGUAUCAGCUAUACAUAAUUUACUGAUGCUCUUCCAACUCACAAUAGCACUUCUUAUUUGAUGUACUCUCCUUUUUAUAAUGCCGAUGUAAUUAGCCUGAUUAGCUCUAUUCCUAUUGUCAUGGCUAUUACAUGGCAGGCAGUCUCCCCUGGCUUUGGGUUAUUAAUAGCGGUGGUAAAGACAGAACUGUGGAAAAGGUCUCCGGCUCUGUCUGCAGCAUGUAGGCCAAUCCUGUUAGCCCUCUGCAUCCUGGGGUACAGAUAGAUCGAGUUGGCUGGACUCGUCUUGACUUCCAACUGGGCACAGGCCUGAUAUAAUGCUCUUGCCAUUUGAUGCGCUUGCUGACAACAGCCAUUUCCAUAUGCCAAAGUUCAUGACACCUCUCCGUUUUCUUUUUUCCUGAGAUUGAUU